AUGUGGGUGCGGGGUCGUUGGUUGCUUCAACCGCUCCGCUCCAACAGAGCAACCUGCAGUUCGCUCUCGACGGGGCGCGCACAGUCCAGUCCCCAGGAAGACGGUGCUACAGCGAAAGCAGGUCGUUUCUGGGGCGGUGGUUGGGUUUCUCGGCUCUCGCGAACACUCCGAAACACUCUGGCCCUUAUCGGACUCUCAACUAUCGCGCUCAGUGCUUUGACAGCAGCUCGUGCAGACCAGGCAUAUCGAGCAGCAGUUGGCGACAGACCAGCGUCCGUCAUUCUCGAGAUCCCCCUUGAUCGAAUCGUCAUCACAGAGGAGGAACCCAUCGAGGAUCUGGCGGUGUGGCGAAGGUUAUGGCGUCGCCUCUCAUCGGGCUCCAUGUCGCCACCAGAGCCAGUCUCUCUGUUUCAGGUAACCCGCGCACUCGAGGAUGCUGCCCGGGAUCCCCGCAUCGCUGGUAUCCUAACCACUUCUGGGAGUAACCAGGGGCGUGCUUUCCGCGCUUACACCAACCCGCUUGGCGUUCUGGAGGAGGUCACAGCGGCCCUGCGGUCAUUCGCGCUAGCCGGGCAGCCGACCGCUUUCUACGCCCCGUCGUUCGAAAAUACGGCUAUGUACUACUUGGCUGCUGCUCACGAGAAAAUCUUCAUGCAUCCAACUGGCAUUUGGAAUGUCGUUGGAUUAUCGGCAGGUGGCCUCUUUCUUCGCGAUCUCCUCGAUGCGAAGGGUGUCCGGAUCGAUGUCAUUCGUUGCGGGGAAUACAAAACGGCAGCGAACAUCUUCACCCAGACCGCCUAUACCCCAGAACAUCGAGAAGCAGUGCAGGCGCUUUUGGACACGAUGUACGUCACGAUUGUGCAGGCGAUUGCGGCGAACCGCCGAAAAGAGCCAGCUCGAGUGGAGGCGCUCAUCAAUACAGCCCCUCUGAGCGCGUCCGAAGCUUUCGAAGCGAACCUGGUGGAUGCACUCGCCUAUCCGGAUGCAGUUCGAUCACAGAUGCAAGCGCUAGUGCUUGCUCGAAUGCAGGAACGCGCAGCUGAACGCCAGGAGGCCAGGGAGCUUCUCGAGCAGGCGCUCCUGAACCCACAGGCACUCGAGGACCUCAGCGAUAGUGUUGAAAGGUGGCUGCGCACCCGACCCUGGGAAGCGAACCCACCGAGCGUCGAGAGGGAACCUGCAGCCGAAUGGUUCGCGGCCUAUGAAGCGGUGCAACGCGCUCGAAGUACUGUUGCAAACUCGGACAGCGAAAUACCCGCUGAGAACGCCACCGUCCUAGUUGAACGCAUCCAGGCACUCCUGAAACUAAGCACAGCCCAGGAGACGCGACUUGGCGAUGCGGUUCCGGAUGCAUCAAUAGACGCGAAACGGCCUGCGUCUCGUUCAGAGGGACACGCUCGCAGAGAAAGCACCGAGAGUUUGCGCUUCUGCCCGGUCACAGACUACAUCGCGGAGCGAUCCUUGUUCCGCAGUCGGCUGGAAAGGGCUCAACAGUCUGGUCUCGAAUGGCUCAAACGUCGAUUCUCGCGGACGGAGCCACUUGGCAACGCUGACCGACGAGCCAGCAUUCCAGUCAUUGCGAUCGUUCCCGUAACAGGUGUGCUGACCGAUGGCAGCGUGCGCUCGCCUUUGAGGGCACUGCGCAAAGCCUCCAAGGAUCCAAAAGUAUGCGCAGUAGUGCUACGAGUGGUAUCGCCUGGUGGUACGGUAACCGCUUCGGAAAAUCUUCGCCAAGCUGUGGAGCAGUGUGCACAGGCGAAACCGGUGAUCGCCUCCUUCGGCGAAGUCGCUGCCUCAGGGGCUUAUUUGGCAGCGCUGGGAGCCAAGCACAUCAUCGCACCAACGUGUUGUAUCACUGGCAGUAUUGGCGUCAUACUGCUCAGAUUGAAUCUGCUCGAUGUGGCGAAACGCAAUGGCAUCCAGUUUGAUCACGUCUCGAUUGGCAAGAAUGCACCCUCCUUUGCCGCAGUUUCCAGUCUCUUUCAACCGUUAGAUGAAGAGCAGCAACAACGGUUACAGAGUCUAGUGCAUUGGCAGUACAAACUCUUCUGCGAACGAGUCUCUCGAGCACGUCGGCUCAGCGAGGAGGCGGCGCAACGCGUUGCCAGGGGUCGCGUCUGGAGCGGCGCUGAUGCGCUUCGCAACGGUGUGGUGGACCAGCAGGGUGGCCUGCAGGACGCCAUUCGCUUGGCUCGUCGAGAGGCAGGCCUAGCCGCCUGGGACCCUGCGUCAGUCGAUGCGCGUUACGGGCAGUAUUCGGGCUCUGCUGUACAGACGCUUCGGCGUCUGACGAGUCGCGAUCGAGAUGACACAGAACAGGAACAGCUUGCUGAGCUUGUGUUGCGAUCCCCAAUGAUCACUGUUCCGAGCGAGGUCCAGAGGUAUCUGGGCCAGUGCCUGCAGCUCUUGGGGCAUGCGUCGGUGCCAGAACCGAUGGCGCUCUGGCUGGAAGGCAUUGGAUUCUGGAUUCAUUCGUGA